UGUAAACUACCACUCUAUGCAAAUAAAGAUGCUACAUAACUGGUUUGCUUCUCUUGCUGUCAUAUUGGCUGUAUACAACCACUCUUUGCAAAGGCGGCCACGGCGAUUGAGUUCCACAGCAAAAGACACAGCCAUGGAAGUGAGCUUGCUAUUGUCAGAUUACAGUAGAGAGCAACAAAGAAGAAGUAGAAAUUCAAGUAGUAGUAGUAGUAGUUGUCUGACAUGGGGUUCUUUUUUCGAAGAAGUGAAGAGGUUGGGAUGCAUUGCAGGACCCAUGGUUGCUGUGGUUCUUUCCCACUUCAUGCUGCGGUUCAUUUCAGUGACGAUGGUUGGUCACCUGGGUGAACUUGCUCUCUCUAGCUCCUCCAUUGCUUUCUCCCUCGCCGGCAUCACCGGGUUCAGUCUUUUUACAGGAGUGGCAAGUGCACUGGAAACUCUGUGUGGGCAAGCAUAUGGAGCAGAACAAUAUCAGAAACUUGGACUUGAAACUUACACUGCCAUAUUUUCUCUCAACUUAGUUUGUCUUCCCUUAUCUUUGAUAUGGAUUUAUAUGGAGGAGAUACUGAUUUUCACCGGUCAAGACCCUGUGAUUUCUCAUGAAGCCGGCAAGUUCAUAAUCUGGCUUAUUCCUGCUCUAUUUGCUUAUGCAACUCUUCAACCACUCGUUCGGUACUUCCAAACUCAGAGUUUAUUAAUGCCUAUGGUCAUAAGCUCUUUCGCCACUCUUUUAUUCCAUAUUCCUCUCUCCUGGGUUCUAAUAUUCAAGUCUGGAUUGGAUCACCUUGGAGGAUCAUUAGCAAUCGGCGUUUCCUACUGGUUCAAUGUUAUUUUUCUUUGGUUAUACAUGAAGUUUUCCCCUGCCUGUUCAAAAAGUCGAGUUCCAAUUUCAAAGGAGCUAUUGCAUAGAAUCAGAGAGUUCCUUCGAUUUGCCAUCCCUUCUGCAGUAAUGAUAUGCCUUGAGUGGUGGGCAUUUGAGAUGGUUAUUGUGCCGUCUGGACUUUUACCAAAUCCGGCGCUUGAAACUUCAGUUCUGUCUGCAUGUAUCUUGGCGACGAAAACAAUCUACGCAAUACCAACUGGGUUUGGUGGUGCAGUAAGUACUAGAGUUUCAAAUGAACUAGGAGCUGGUAACCCACAAGGUGCUCGUAUAGCUACUUUUGCUGCGAUGUUUCUUGCAGUCUUAAAUGCAAGUAUAAUAAUAACGAUCCUUUUUGCCUGCCGGAAAGCAUUUGGUUACACUUUUAGCAACGAGAAGGAAGUCAUCGAUUACAUCACAACCAUGGUCCCUCUACUUUGCCUGUCUGUUAUACUGGACAGUAUGUACGGGGUCCUUUCAGGUAUUGUUAGAGGAACUGGGUGGCAGCAUAUAGGGGCUUGGGUAAACCUUGGAGCAUUUUAUCUUUGUGGAAUCCCCGUUGCUAUCGCAUUGGCUUUCUGGUUACAGCUAAGAAGAAGAGGCCUUUGGAUUGGAAUACAAGUUGGUACUUUUGGGCAAGUCAGUCUGCUCUCUUUAGUAACAAUUUGUGCAAAUUGGGAAAAGCAGGCAAGCAACGCAAGGGAGAGGAUAUUUGAGGGAAGGCCCCCAGAAGUUAAUGGCUUGUGCGACAAGGCAGAGAGUAGUGAGUGUUGAUGAGCACAAUCCUCUCUAUCUGAGAGAGAUUAGCUUUAUCAUUCUUCUGCAACUCAAAAAUUUCGUAAUAACGCGUUUGGAUGCUUGUGGCAUUCCGUCUUGAUUACGUGCAAGUAAGAGAGAUUGUACGAGUUCUUGACUCCAACAUGGUACCCCUAUAACCUUGUGGUUUCUGCAGACAAUGUGAAAAGCAGAAUGCAGGUGGCAAGUCUACUGAAAUAUCAUGCAGUAAAAUGACAAUAAAAGACAUUUCAUACA